UGCAAUGGCCCCUACGCCCGAACCGUUCCCCCGCCAGGAGCUAUCGUCGUCGACAUCACCGGCACGUACAACGAGAGCUACCAAAGCUUGGCGGAGGGUCUGAUGUACCUGCCCAACACGACGGAGCAGCACACGCUCUUCCUGUUCCCCGGCGUCUACCAGGAGCAAGUGGUGAUCCCCAAGCUGGCGGGUCCUUUGGUGAUCCAGGGCUACACGUGCGACACCAUGGCGUACGCCGAGAACAAG